UCUCUCCUGCCACAGACGAAGCCUAUUCACCAUGGGGAGGAUUGGCAAGGAGGUGGCAGGUCAGGUCAUGAGCUUCAUAGGCCUCAUUGGGGUCUCGGUGGCCUGUGGGAUCCCCAUGUGGAGAGUGACCAGCUUCGUUGGAGCCAACAUCGUGACGGGCCAGAACAUUUGGGACGGCCUGUGGAUGAACUGCGUGAUGCAGAGCACCGGGCAGAUGCAGUGCAAGCUGAACGAGUCGUUGAUGAGUCUGACCAGGGACCUCCAAGCCGGCCGAGCGCUGGUCAUUAUCUCCCUUAUCUUCGGCUUCAUCGGCAUCAUGAUCACCUUCAUCGGAGCCAAGUGCAUGGGCUGCCUGGACAAGGAUUCCUCAAAGGCCAAGGUGGUGAUCAUAGGCGGCUGUUUCAUCAUUGUGUCCGCCGUCCUCAUCCUGAUCCCCGUCUGUUGGUCCGCGGCCAUCACCAUCGCAGACUUCCAGAACCCCUUGACCAUUAGUUCGCAGAAGAGGGAACUUGGAGCGUCCAUCUACAUUGGCUGGGCAUCUGCUGCUGUUCUUCUGAUCGGUGGGAUCACCCUCACCACGUCCUGCCCUCCUCAAAAGAACAUGUAUGGAUACCCAGGCUACCCACCAGCACCGAUGUACCCUUACGCAGGCCCAGGGAUGAACUCGGCACCGGCCCUUGUGGUCAUCUCCAUCAUCGUCUCUGCCUUUGGGGUUAUCUUGGGCAUUAUCGGAGGCAAGUGCACCAACUUCGUGGACAACGAGCACUCCAAGGCCAAAGUGGCCAUCACCGCUGGAAUUGUCUUCAUUUGCGCCGGCGUACUUAUCCUCGUCCCCGUCUGCUGGUCCGCCAACACCAUCAUCAGGGAUUUCUACAACCCCACCUUGAUCGACUCCCAGAGGAGGGAGCUGGGAGCCGCGCUCUACAUCGGCUGGGGCACAGCCGGGCUUCUCAUCCUGGGUGGUGCCCUCCUCUGCAGCUCCUGCCCACGCAAAGACAGCCCAGAGUAUCCAGUUAAGUACGCCGGCGCCAGGUCUGCAGCCACCAGCCGAGAAUAUGUCUGAGAGGUCCGUUCUCCUGAGAAAGACAUUUGUAUUAUCUUAGAUUGUAUGAGAGAUCCUCCUUCGUUUGUGAAUUUCUGUCAGCACCACAAGUUUUUUUUCUUCUUAAAGUGAGCGAAAUACUUUAUUUAAGGCAAGAGGAGGUUUUUCUUGCUGAACAAGAAACUCAGUGCGAACGAUGUGGUGUGAAGAAACAUCUCCCAGCAGCAUGCUGACUGGACUGAAUGAGAGCUGUUCUCUGUGAAGCCUGUAUCAAACCUAUUUCUUCUUUGUAAAUGAAAAAUCAAAGCUGUGUUAGGACGAUGUUAAUGGUCAACAAGGACUAUGAUAGCAGGACGCUUGUACAGUACCCUUGAUGUAUUUACUGUAUAAAAUAUUUUACUCAUAUCUUUGGUCAAAUGCAAUAUCAAAAGACUGUUUUUAUAUAAUAAAACAUUUAAAUGAUA